AUGGCACUCAGCUCAACGGUUGUCUGUCUCCUCGCAUCUCUCUGUCUGCUUAGUGCUGUGGGGACGGGUGCGGGCAUGGCCCCGCAGCGGGUGCGCCCCCAGGAUCAAAGAGCGGCCACUUACCCAGCCAGGCAGUUCGGUCUGACAGCGACCCAGCCGAAGACCGCUCGCCUGAUGGCCAACAGCGAGGCGCAGGAGGACCUCGACGACGCCGCCGAGGAGGUCGAGGUGACACAGCCCAGCCCGGCCGCCGUGCCACGCCCAGUGCCGGCGGCCCCAGUGACUCCCACUAUCGCCUACUACCCGGCUGGAGCCGUGGGAUUCGUCCGGCCAACAGCCUUUGCCAGAUUCAUCGAUGCUCCGCAGCAGGCCGCCUUUGUGGCCCAGCCCCCGUACUACGCUGCCUACUUUGGCUAGCCUGAGCCUGCAUCUCACGUGGACCUCAAUUGCAGAGCUUAGGUUCCUCGACACUAAGAAAUCGCUAAAAUUGUACAAAUAUUACGAAAGACACCCCUACCAAUACCCUGCGAUUGCAGCUUAAGAAGUCAAGGGUCAAAUUAUCCCAAGGCACCUGUUCUAUAGCUUUAGAUGACAACCCUUUACUCAGCCUACCAAAUUCGCUUCUGUUAAAUCCAUUUUUGGCACUGGCACAGAUAUUUACAAAUAAAUAGAGUAUUUAAAAAAUUGUAUUUCCAAGCUUAGAAGGUUAUAUGUUAAAAAACACCGAAUAUAUAAUUUUUUCAUAUUAUUUUACCACUAAUUUUCCGAUUGUUCAUAAGGCAGCUAUAUGAUAAAGUCGUCCGAUUUUGAUAAAAUUAAAUUCGAAAUUUAGAACUGAUUAAAAAAUGUAAUUUCCA